AUGCCAAGGAACAUUCCUAUCCCCGCGCCACUCCAAAAGGCACUGGUCGAGUGCUUCCGAGCAAUCGCCCGCCUGGUUCGACCAGAGCUUCAGCGUGAAGUCGUCUUGGUUGGUGGUGCGGCCAGCGUCGCCCAUAACUCGGUAUAUUACACUGAAGAUGUAGAUAUUGCGGCCCCAGAGAAUGUCCUGUUGGACAUAUGGGUGGGUGUGACGGCCGGCACCCCUGAGUUCACCAUGGUGCCCGAUGGCACGGUCUGCUUCAAUGCCCGCCAGGGAUUUCCGGUCCAGAUCGAUCUGAUCCAAAUUGGUGAUAGCCCUAUGGACCGCAUAUAUAAUGCAGAGCCCUUCUAUGAAGGGUCAGUAGCCUCCGUAUCAGACCUAUUGCGGCUACGGGCCAUGUCGUAUGUCGACUGUGGGAAGUCUGGGGACGAUGUAGAUUUCAAAUGGUUAUUGUGGGAGGUGGCUAGUGGGGGUCAAAUUCUUCCAGAGCUCGAUAAUGAGGAGCGGGCGUAUGUCGCCGAGGCUGGGAAUUCUUUGUUAGGGAGGGCUGACCGGCUGGGUUUGCUGGCUGUACUGAGUGAGAAAGAUGCAACUGUGGUUUUUAAUACGAUGGAAACAUAA